CGAUAUUGGAUUCUGCCUAGUGCUGUUACUGGUUCCAUUGUGUAUGCUGCUGUGAAUUUGUCGUCCAAAUUUCACCCGAAUUCGCACAAACUGAGUUCUUUUGUGCUACAUUAGGAUUUUAGAUUUUCACGUCCACGAUGGCAAGUCAAACUCAAGGUAUUCAGCAGCUGCUGGCAGCUGAGAAACGGGCUGCGGAAAAAGUUGGCGAAGCACGUAAAAGGAAACAGCGCCGUUUGAAACAGGCCAAGGAAGAAGCUCAGGAAGAAAUCGAGAGGUACAGACAGGAACGGGAACGGCAGUUCAAAGAAUUCGAGGCGAAGCACAUGGGAAGCCGCGAAGGUGUUGCAGCUAAGAUCGACGCCGAUACUGCCAUCAAGAUCGAGGAGAUGAGUCGCUCGAUCUCCAGCAAUAAGCGUGCGCUGAUUAACGAGAUCCUGAAUCUGGUCUACGACAUCAAACCCCAAUUGCACAAAAAUGUUCAGAUUGCAGCCCAACAGUAAUCUUUCAAUUCAACAUUAUACACAUUUGGGCGAAUUUGUAGAUUUAUGAAUAUUCGCUGAUAAGCAGAAUGAAGUUAAUACAUUCAUGUCGCCGCGUUACUCGAAGUAUCUUCAAACAAAAUGCUGUAAAUAAUUGUUUCAGGAAAUUACCAUACAUGUAACAAUUGGCAUCCCACUGUAACGUUGUUCACAAUUGUAUUAUUUGUUAUGAGUUUGUGAUAGUUUUUUUAUUCGUUUUUUUGCAAGAUAGCGCCCAGAAAGAUACCAAUUGUAUAGCAUGCCAUUCACCGAGGUUCACCUGUAAUAUUCGAUAAUACAAACUAAAUCUACAAAUUUAUCACAACACGACAAUAUUCCUCGUUAAAUGUUAAUGUCUGUGCUCUCAAUAUAUUUCGCUAAAAAAUAGAGUGUAUGAGAUCGAUAUUCAAGACACCCCUUAUCUUAAAAUUGUGAAUCUCCUGUUUUGAAAUAAAAUUGUCUUUUAUGUAGAAUCAUUAUUGAAUGCUAAUAGAAUAUCGAUUUGUUAUACAGCUACUGAAAUAAUGGGGUUUUGAAGCUAUGUGAUGAAAACAUGAGAAAAAACCAGUGCUACAUCAUCGGAAAUACAAUACAGCCAUGUAUAGAAUAAAUUAUGUCUACUAUGGAGUGAAUAUAACGUUAAA